AUAUUUCAGGGUUACCUCGAGUACUGGAGACUUCACCCGGAGUCCGGCAUCUCCCAGCAUCACGUUGAUGAUCUCUUCUCUAACAUAGAGCAGAUCUAUGCCUUCAACAGAGGGUUUCUGUCAGAGUUGGAGGCGUGUGGCGUGGACCCGGUAGCCGUCGCCCGUUGUUUCGUCCACAACAAUAAUGGCUUUGCUAUAUACUCUCAAUAUUGCACCAAUUAUCCCAGGACAGUGUGUGUACUAACUGAGCUGAUGCGCGGCGAGGCUUCGGUCAGGGCCUUCCGUGAGCGACAACUUGCUCUCAGUCACACCUUGCCUCUGGGGUCAUACCUCCUCAAGCCCGUGCAGCGUAUUCUCAAGUAUCACUUGCUUCUCGGCAACAUUGUCAAGCACUUCGAGAAGGACUGGAGCGGGUACUCUGAGAUCUGGAAUGCACUCUCUGCCAUGACUGGCAUGGCCCAUCAUAUAAAUGAUAUGAAGAGGAGACAUGAACAUGCAGUUAGAGUCCAGGAAAUUCAGUCUCUUCUAUAUGGCUGGCAGUUUGAAGAUCUGACGACGUUCGGGGAGUUAGCGGCAGAAGGCACCUUCAGGAUGUGUGGCGCUAAGGGUCUUCGACAUAUAUUUCUGUUUGAGAAAAUGAUCCUCAUAGCCAAAAAGAAGGAAGAAAAUAUUCUCAUGUACAAAACCCACAUAAUGUGUUCGAAUUUGAUGUUGAUCGAGUCUGUACCUGGUGAACCCCUCAGCUUCCACAUCAUCCCUUUUGAUAAUCCACGACUCCAAUAUACCCUAGAGGCCCGUAACUUGGAGCAAAAGAGGGAGUGGACGCUACAGCUGAAACGGGUUAUCCUCGAGAACUACAGUGCCAAUAUCCCUGCUCAUGCCCGUCAGCUUGUCAUGGAACUAGGCCAGAGUAAACCUGAAGAUAUGCUUAUGACUGAAGGCCGUAGCAGUGGACGCCGUGCCCAUCACGCACCUGAAUACCUAGAAAAGAGGAAAGUUGAUCGUGACAGACGAAGAUCAUCUGAAGGAGUACUUAACACACGAUUAAGACUCAGACGUCCCAGUAGGGCGAGGAAGGAAAAAGAAGAGAAGGGAGCUCGCAGUCGCAGUGUGAGUCGCACUCGAGACACUGAAGAUGAUGAUGUAGAGAGAAAGACCUCAACAGUUUCAGCACCUUUAUCUGCAGAGAAGCCUAAGCUGAAGCUCUCCAUGUGGGGUCGACGGCGUUCAGAGCCAGGAAUUGGAAGCAGAGAGUCCUUGACCAUCUGUCGGAUACCAGUAGAUCCCCCCGAUACUCCACAAUCCAGCCCGUGUGACCCAACUAGUGAUCUCAUUUCAUCCAUUCAAGCAAGCCCUCUGACUCCAGAGGUGUCUGUUGAUGGACUGUCAAUGUCUGAAUAUGAGCGUGACGAUGAAGAGGAUGAAGUUCGCGCAGAAGAGGAUACAGAGAAUGGAGAGAACCUUGAAGAAAUUGUGAGUCAGUUGUUGCAGCACAACCUACAACUGCAGAAACUACUAUUAAGUAAACAGCGACGGAACUUAACUAGAAAGAAACCCUUUCAUUACGAAACAUCUGAUACAGAAAAUGAGGAUAGUUCUUUUAAAGCCAAUAAUUCAUACAUCAGUUCAGACGGUGGCAACACUCUAAGACAUGAAGACGUAGGUGACUAUGUGGAUUUUUAUUUCAGUGGCAUUAAUGCUGAUGGUAAGAGUGCCACGAACAAUGAGAGUGCCAAUGUUUCUAGCAGUGAGUGUCAGUCAGUUUACAGUAGUGCUGUUUCUGUUCAUCAGCUAAUUGAAAAUAAAUCCUUAUGUAAUGAAAAGAAGUUGAAACCAGUGAGACGAUCUUCAUCUGAUCUUAGUUUCAAAAAGACAUCCAGUGUUAAGAAGGUGAAUUCCAACUAUGAUAACCUACUGAACAUUUGGAGUUCUAUAAGAGGCAGGAGUCCAGAGAAAAGACAGAAUAACAUGCUACAGCAGUCAAGACUCUCCCCAGCAUCCUCUCCGACAAUUAUGGAUAGACCAAAAUUACGACGUGCCCAGUCUUUUUCGAUUGAGAAAUGUCUUAACAGUGUUACUGAUAACAUUUAUGUGCCUACUACUAAAUUAACACAUCAACCAAAUACAGCUCCCGUGACCUGUUCUAAGAAAGAUGUAUGGCUUCGCGAUGAUGUCUGCGGAAGCCCGCGUGAAAAUCGAGGACGUCCAGUCACUAUAGCAUUUUAUAAUACAAACGAAGUAAGCCUCAGUGCACUAGAGCAAUACUUGAAUCAGCCACGUACCCCUGGUCACAAUCAUGAACGUUUUCCUUACGAUACAGAAGAUAAUAUGACAGACUAUUCUAUGACUCCCCAUAUGAGUAUGGACAACAUUCUGAGCAUCCAUCCUGAGCACAAGAUAUACAAACCCUCAAACAACAAGUCAACAAUCAAGAAUGUAUUUAGCAAGAUAACUAGCCCAAGAAACAACAAAAGUAUAUCAGAACCAUCUGGCUCUGUAUUUAAUAUAUCAAUGGACAGUGAUCUAGACAAGAAUGUGGAUAAGAAAGCCAGCAAGAUGGUGUAUAACAUGGCGAGGCAAUGUUCAAAGACACUAAAGGAGCGUAUCAAGCAGAUAAGAGCUGAAGAUGUCGAUAAAACUUGUAAUGUAAAGCCCCCCACAGAAAAUAUUUAUGCCCUCCCCAAUUACAAACAAGGUAGUUCCACCAUCGGGGCUCGUUUGGCAGGAACGAACGAGCCUUCUGAUUAUGCAGUACCGAGGAUCAGACCUAUAGAACAGAAACCAAAAUCAGACCUCAGACCUGACUCAGUUCUGUCCUCCUCUUCUAUCCUCACAUCUUCCUCGUCCUCCUCCUCAUCCUCGAGUCGUGAUACCAAGUUAAUGGAUGGCAACGAAGCCUCCAACAUGGCUAAUGUGGAGGAGGAAAAUGAGGAGACACAGGAAUCCCCAUCUUUCGAAAGUGAUGUCUCGGCAGAUAGUUAUUACGAAAGAUCUUUUGAGGCGAUAGAGAGCCUAGAAACAGAAAUUUUCAGAGACAGUGCCAUCUACAGUGAUCCAGAAGAUACAGAGUCGCCCCCAGCCAGUUUAUAUAAACACAAGUCAUCUACUAGUCCUAAAACCAAAUCCACAAAUUCAGUUAAGUCUUCACCUCGCUUUUCAUCAAGAUCAACUUCACUAUCUUUAUCUCUUAAAGUGAACCGAUUAUCUGAACUGGUAGAACAGAAAUGCUCUCAAUCUGUUGAGAAUAAUACAAGCAUAUCAACAAAGGUAGCAGAUACUAGUUCUAACUGUUCCCCACAGCCAAAGAAAGUUCCGCCACCUGUUCCCGCCAAACCGGAGAGUGUAAAAACCAAAAAAGGCAGAACAUGUGGAAACUUGAUAAUGCAACAACUUAAAAAUUUGGAAGAAUGUUCUAAAUUUAGCCGUGAUGAUCAGAUCAGUCCCACUUUUGAUGGUAUUAGAACUUUAGACGAUAGAAGAAAGGAAUUGGAAAUCUUCAGAGUUAAAGCUGAAGAUGAAAGUGAGGCUGAACCUACAGCAUCACCCAGAGGCUCACCUGAAAGAGAGGGUGCAAGUCGUAGGAAUUCACGAACUCUUAAAUCUCCUUCUAUCAUGACUCCAACACCCAUUAUCAAAAGUCCCAUUACGCUCUCUCCUCUAAAUUCUCUCUCUGGUAAUCCGUCACCUGUCACCAGGUCAUCUUCAGUUCCACCAAGAUUGUCUCCUUGCCCCUCACUUACUCUUGAAUCUCCAAAAACAUCAUCACUAGGAACAGCAAGUCCUUUAGGUAGUGAGAGGGGAUCGCCGCUGCCAUCUUGUGCAAUUCUGAUUUCACAGUCUGAAGGGGAUGAGGGAGAGGAACCACGAAUGUCACGGGGCUGGGUACGGCAUGUUAUUGGUAAACUACAGGCAGAAAGUGAUGUGUAAACUCUCUCUAACUAAAUUAUUUAAUUGGAGAUGCAAUCUCUCUUUUUUUUAACUUUAAUUCAAGGCUCAAGCACUUGAUAAUGUUUCAUUUUACACAUCAGAAAAAUGAACUGCGGCUAUAAUUUACAUUGGUUCAAUUACUUCCAUGAGAUGUUGCUCAAUAAACAUAUUUUUAAAUUUGGACAAGAGAGGUCCAUAAAAAACAAAAAUGCCAUUGAGAAUCGGGACUUAUUUCAGACAGAUGCAACCCUGCUCCAUUAAGGUGUGUGUUGUUCUUCCAAGUUUAGGGUCAUUCACAUACCAUUUGAUUAUAUUAAAUUACACAAUUUUCCUUUGUUUUGGUUCCCAAGAACUCUUACCCUCACCCAGAAAGAGAGCCUCUCGUGCGCAAUUUGUUUUUCAUACAAACUAGUCAAUGACAAUCUUCGUAAUACAUAAGACAAUAUUAACUGGUCAAAAAUUUUCUUGAGUACUGUAUUACUAUGGCCAUAAAGGCAUUGAUGAAAUUUUCUGAAUGAUCAUAGUAACAUGUGCAUAUAGCUUUCAUUAAAGUUUUUGGCCUCUAUGUAUUAUUUGUUGGUGCUUUCAGUAUGCAUUAUUGAAUAAUAAUUUCAUAACUGAGAUCUGCUUUUAUGUAUAGUUCCAUGUGAUGGCUUUUAGUCCCAAAGUUCUGUGUUAUUUUUUAACAUUAUAUUAAUGACUCUCUUCUUGUGUCACGAAGUGAUGUAUCAUUGUGUUGAUGGAAGCCGAGGGUCAUGACUUGACUAAUGAAAGCAGUACUUGGCGAGCCAUGUCUCGAUCAUAGUCGUCACUCUUUGACCUCAUUUUUGUUUACCUUGUUACUCUUUGACCUUGUUUCUCUGACCUAUUACUUAUUGACCUUGUUACUCUUUGACUUCAUUAGUCCUUGACGUCAUUACUCCUUGACCUUGAUACUGUGACCUCUUUUUACCCUUUGACUUCAUUAGUCCUUGACCUCAUUACUCCUUGACCUUGAUACUGUGACCUCUUUUUACCCUUUGACUUCAUUUUCCUCAACACAUUGGAGUAUAUACUCCCUCUUAUAUGUUAUUUUCCAAACAGCCAUUUACAUUUGUAUGUUAUAUAAGAUUUCCAAGUGUGUUUUUAUAAAACAAGAACCUAUGUACAGUUUAUACAAUCAUAAUGUUCCAAUAAAAUUUAUUAUAAAAUCUUGA